CUCUCUCUCUAUAUAUAUUAUAUACUUCGCAUCCUCGUCCCCAAUCCACUCGCUCUCCAAGGCCUCGCCGCCCCGCAUCUAUCCUCUCCUCCCCUCCAAGCUCCCAUCUUUGCCCUAGAUCCCACCGGUCAAUGCGUUCUGAGUCGUCUCCGGGACAUCAGGCAUGCAGCGCGGGCGGAGAGGCGGGCCAGUCACGCGUGAAGCUGCGGCAGCGGCAAGGGAACCGCCACCGCCAGUCGUCAGGGUGAGGAGAGACCUUGUGGCUGCUUGCAUGAUGUGCCCGCUCUGUCACAAACUCCUUCGUGAUGCCACCACCAUCUCCGAGUGCCUCCACACCUUUUGCAGAAAGUGUAUUCUUAAAAAACUCAACGAAGAGGAGGCAGAUUACUGUCCGAUCUGCAAUAUUGAUUUGGGUUGCAUCCCUGUUGAGAAGCUUAGGCCUGACCAUAACCUACAAGACAUAAGGGCUAAGAUUUUCCCAUUUAAAAGGCGAAAAGUUAAUGCACCUGAAGUUACACCUUCUUUCUCUUUUCCGGUCAUACGGAAGGAGCGAUCUCUAUCUUCAUUGGUGGUCAAUACACCAAGAAUAGCAACCCAGAACAGUUUGACAGGAAGGAGAUCUAAGGCUGUUGGUAGAAGAGCUGCUGCUAUGCGUGGCCCUAGUCCAACAGUUACCGAAGUCAAUAAAAAGGAGAAUGACAGUGAUGGACGGGCAGAGAACUCUAGUUCAUCUGAGACCCUGAGCAAGAUGACUCAAAAUAGAAGGCAGAACUUUGCAAAGGCAGAGUCAUCUGGCCAGACAAAUCAUCAAGAUUCAGAAAGUGGCAGGGAUCCUUUUAUUGAUAGGGCUGAGCUCUGGAAACCCUUGAAUUGUCUGGUUGAAGCCGCUAACAGAACAAAGGCACUUAAAUCAAGCAGCCCACAAUGCACUGUUGUGAAGGCAGAGCAAAUUAAUUUUCCAGAUAGUGAAGCAUAUUUCAAUAAAUUGAAAGUUAGGGAGCAUAUGAACAAAUCCAAUGUUCAAGAUGACAAGAAUGCCAGUGUCUCCACUACCCAAACAUUGGCCAGAUCAAGAAGAUUGAAUGGAGCUAGUCGGAGAAAGAAGGAGCUUGAGACAUCAGUCCAAGCACUAGUUGAUGCUGCUGGUAAACGUGAAAGGAGGAGGAGCCCAGUUUGGUUCUCAUUGGUUGCUUCCACUGACAAAGAAGGAGAUUGUCCAUUGCCCCAGAUCUCUGCAAGUUACUUGAGGAUUAGGGAUGGAAACCUGCCAGUUUCUUUCAUCCAAAAGUACCUUGUAAAGAAACUUGGUCUUGCGAGUGAAGCUGAGGUGGAAAUUACAUGCAGGGGGCAGUCAAUCAUUCCCACAAUGGCCCUGCACAACUUGAUAGAUCUUUGGUUGCGGUCGGGUUCUUCAAUAAAAGUCCCGGCAUUCCUUGGCACUUCAGCCAAGGAAUUCGUGAUGGUUUUAUCAUAUCGCCGUAAAGUCUAGUCCCUUUGAUUGCAUAUCCAAACAUGCAUUCCAAGAAAUGCUCGACAUCGUAUGACCAUUGAGCUUCGAAAUCAAGCAUUGUGUGCUACUAUUCAACCUAUUGUAUUCCCUUGUUUUUCAUUAUUUUUCAGUUUUCUUUUUAGAUACUAGGCAUCAGUUGCCCUCUUUUUUAAUCGGUUUUCGAGAAAGGGUUUUGUUUUUCCCUGCAUAAAUGUCUUUCUUUUUCUGAUU